AUGACUGAAGAGAAUAGCCUUGAAAUUGAUGAAUUAAAUCAAAGCGAUGAACAAGCAAUUUUGGAAACUCCAUUAAAAGAUGAUGAGGGAGAAAUAGUCCCCAGUGAUAAUGAAGCUUUAACUAAAGCUACAAUAUGUGGAAAUAAUGAAGAUAAUGUAGAAAAUAUUUCUGAAGAAAGUAAAAGUCGAAAACGAAAAUUUGAGGAAGAGGAGGAAGGGGGAGGUGAGGAGGAGGAAGAAGAGCAUGAAGAGCAACAACAACAGCAAGCUGAUACUACGACUAAUGAUAAUGCUGUUGUUGUUGAAGAACCUAAAACAAAGAAGGCAGCAUUGGAAAGGCUAAGGAAUAUGAAAUUUGCCGUGAAGGAUCCAUUCAAAGAUAACCCUCCUAAAGAACGACCAACAUUUAUUCGGUCUACCAAGCAUUCAAGAAAAUCCUCAACAACUUUAAAUGAAGAUGAGUCAUCCAAAACAUCAACUCGUAGAAACAGCAGAAAUGAAGAUACGUCAUCCUAUCGUUCUCGUCGACAUCGCCGUUCGCGUUCUAGAAAUAAUGAUCGUCAUAAUAACAAUAGAGGAGAAUCUUCUUCAAUGGACAAAGUAAUUGAAUCUCGACAUCAACGUUCUACAAUGUAUUUUCUUCAAAAAGAUCAACAACAAAAAUCAAAAUUUAAUUCACAACAAAAACAACAACAACAAAUGACUCGUUCUCUACCAUCUAAACCAAUCCAAGAAAGAAUUGAGGCACUUUUAGCUAGACCCGAUUAUGAAGUUUUGACAAUGCCUGUAAAUGAUUUGAGAGCUUUAAUAUUGCAAGGAGUUGAAUUAUAUAGAGAACAAAACCAUUUUUUGAAUGCAAAGAAGGGAAUGUUGAGUGAAUUAGACAAAAUAAUCUCUCGUGAAAGAGAAGAAAUUGAUCGUCUUUCAAAAGAAGCACCACCACCAUCCUAUCGUCCUCCAGAGCUCCCUCAACAACAACAAAUUAUUGAACAGAAACAGCAACAACAAACAAAUUUAGAGCUUCAACAGCAACAACAAAAGGUUCUUGACUUUUCUGUACCUCCACCAAAUAUUAUUGGAGGAACAACAGCUACAACUAUGUCUGGUGGAUUAAUAGCUGGCGGUGUAAGUGCUGGAUUAAUAAAAACCGAAUUCUCAACUCCACCACCAAAUUUUUCUCUAAACAAUAUUCAACAACAACAACCCCCGCCAUUAUCAUCAUCUUCAAUUUCUUCUUCUUUAUUAAGUAAUUCACAAACAACAAUAUUUUCCUCACCAUCUUCCCAACAACAACAAACAACAUCAACAACAAAUUCAUUUUCACAUUUUAGCCAAACACAAUCUUUGCUAUAUUCUUCACCUUCAAAAUUAUUACACCAACAACAAAAUAUUUCAAUUUCAAAUUCAAUUGCCAACUCCAUUGUUAAUCCAAUAAUUAAUACGGAGCAGAUUAAAACGUCCAAUUCACUUCCUGACACAUCAAUUCCGCCUCCAAAUUUAUUGGUAGAAGUUUCAAGGCCUUCUUCAAAUCCAGAUUUGUCUAUAAAUCGGCUUUCACAAAUUGCUCCUCCACCAUCAACUUUAGCUUCAUUUUUUUCUGUUCCGCCACCACAAAUUAUAAAGCAACAACCAGAACUACAACAACAACCAACACCUAUUGCUUCUACUACAACAACAACAUCAACUGUUAUUCCAUCUUUGCUAAGUUUAAUACCUCCACCACAAAUCAUGAUUAAUUCUUCUAAUGUUGUCUCUUGUACUACUUCCAGUCCGUUAAAACAUUUGGAACAACAACAGCAACAAUCAACAAUUGUUACUUCUACAUGUAUUCCUUCUUUGCUUAGUUUGCCUCCUCCACAAUUAAUGAUUACUUCUGGAAAUGCUGCUGUUGUCUCUUCUACAUCAACACCACCACGUCAACACCAACAACAACAAGAUCUUCAGCAGAAUAAACAAGAUUAA